AUGGGUGAUGAUGGAAAAUUGAAGGAAUCCGCAAUUGAUGUGGGAAAGCUUGAUAAAUUGAGCAAGAUCCAAGAAGCUAAUGCAAACCGCAUGAAGGUGCUAGAAUUGCAGCAAAAGUUGUCUUUCGAUAAGAUUGAGACCACAAGGCUUGCCCAUCUAACAGCGCAGGAGAAUAGAGAGUCAGAAAAGCUAGAGAUGGAGAGGAGGAGGCUUGAGAUGGAAUCAAAGAAGUUUGAGAUGGAGGGGAAGAAGCUUGAGAAAGAAUCAAAGAUGAUGGAAGCAAUAAGAACCUCAUCUCACAAGACACAAGUUCAAUGA